AUGAUCAGCAUCUCCGAUUACCAAGAAGAUCAACAAUCUUCCUCCUUCACUUUCAAUGCGGUUCUUGAUCCAUCAAACCCUCUCGGGUUCUUGGAAUCUGCUUUCAACUUUGUCUCUCAGAAUUCCAAUCUGUUCGAGACAGAGUCUGCCGAGAAACAAAUCAUGUCAUUGGCUCAUUCAAUCAAGGAAAGAAUCGAGGCUGAAGAGGCGGCUGAGAAGAAGAAGCGUUUGAAACAACAAGCCAAGAAGAAGGCCGCUUAUGAGAAAGAACAAGAGAAGCAGAAGAAACUUGUUCCAAACACAGGAAACGGCAUGGAUAUGAAGAAUUAUUCGUGGGGUCAGUCUCUUCAAGAGGUCACCAUCAACGUUCCAAUCCCUCCCGGAACAAAAUCCAGCGCCGUUUUGUGCGACAUAAAGACGAAUUAUUUGAAGAUUGGGCUUAAGGGUCAGCCACCAAUUAUCGACGGGGAGCUAUAUAAGGCGGUGAUAGUUAACGAAAGUUUUUGGAGUUUGGAAGAUCGGAGGGAAAUUUCUGUUCAGAUGAGCAAGAGAGAUCAGACAGAGUGGUGGAAGUCUUUGUUGAAGGGCCGUCUGGAGAUUGAUACCCAGAAAGUGGAGCCGACCAAGUUGUCUGACUUGGACAUUGAAACUCGUACUGCCGUGGGGAAGAUGGUGUUCGAUCUGAGACAAAAACAGUUGGGACGUCCGACCAGCGAUGAGAUCCAAAAGUAA